AUGGCGAAUAUCAGUUUUUGUGAGGCUACUUAUACGGCGGCUGAGGUACAGAAUGCUUUAUCCCAAAUGAACCCGUUAAAGGCCCCAGGGCCGGAUGGUCUGCCGGCUCUCUUUUUCCAGAAGUAUUGGCAUAUAGUAGGGCAUGAGGUCUGUAAGCUUGUAUUGGAUAUUCUUAACAAUCAAAAGCAUCCGGGGAUUAUCAACAACACCCAUAUUGUUCUUAUUCCGAAGUGUAAAAACCCCGCUAAACCUCAAGAUUUUCGGCCUAUUAGCUUAUGUAAUGUGGUCAUGAAGCUGGUUACUAAGGUGAUUGCUAACAGAUUAAAGGAAAUCCUUCCAGAAAUCAUAGACGAAGAGCAAAGUGCGUUUGUAAAGGAUAGGCUGAUCAUGGAUAAUGCUCUUAUAGCAAUGGAGUGUUUCCAUUGGCUAAAGAAGAAGGUUAAAGGGAAGAAGGGUGUCAUGGCCCUUAAACUGGACAUGUCGAAAGCGUACGAUAGACUUGAAUGGAGCUUUAUUGUCGAGGUUCUAACUGCUAUGGGCUUUCCGCCGGCGAUGGUAUCUCUAAUUGAAAGAUGUAUCAGCUCGGUCUCCUAUAAAAUCCUUGUGAAUGGUGUCCCCAGCAAGAGCUUCACUCCGGAGAGGGGUCUUCGACAAGGAGAUCCCCUCUCACCCUAUCUUUUUAUAAUGUGUGCUAAUGUCUUUUCAGGUUUAUUGAAGAAAGCGGCGAUGGAGAAGGAGAUCCAUGGGGUGAAAAUUGCUAGAAAUUCUCCAACAAUCACCCACUUAUUCUUUGCGGACGAUAGCCUAUUGUUCGCGCGUGCUAAUGUGAAAGAAGCCAUACGGAUCAAGGAUAUUCUGAGAGUUUAUGAGGAAGCAUCGGGACAGGUUGUUAGUUUUGAAAAGUCAGAAGUCUCCUUUAGUAGGAAUGUGGAUGAAAAUGCGAGAGAAUCGAUUUGCAACUGUCUGGGAGUCAACGCUGUCUCCUCUCAUUCUAGGUACCUGGGGCUGCCCAUCAUGUUUGGUAGAUCGAAGAAAGUCAUCUUUGCUAUGGUGGUGGAGCGGGUGUGGAAGAAGAUCAAGGGGUGGAAGGAGAAAUUCCUUUCGUCUGCUGGUAGAGAAAUCCUUAUCAAGGCCGUUGCUCAAGCGAUCCCUACGUACGUGAUGAGUUGCUACAAGCUUCCGGAUUCGGUUUGCCGUGAGAUUGAAGGCAUGAUUGCUAGGUUCUGGUGGGGGUCGAAGCAAGGAGAAAGGAAAUUGCAUUGGCUAAGCUGGGACAAACUGGCGAAGGCAAAGGCUGAUGGGGGUUUGGGAUUUAGGAGCAUUUGCGAUUUCAACUCCAGCCUCCUUGGGAAACAUUAUUGGAGGCUGCUGAGUCAAGAGAACUCCCUGGUUGGAAAGGUGCUCAAGGGAAGAUAUUUUCCAAAGUGUUCCAUUGACAAUUGUGGCAUAGGAUACCAGCCAAGCUAUGCGUGGCGUAGUAUCAUAGGUGCUAGAGAUGUGGUUCAACGGGGGGCAUGCUGGAGAAUUGGAAAUGGGGAAAAAGUGAACAUCUUAAAGGAUAGCUGGAUCCCAAAGAAUACAGGAUUCAAAGUUCAAUCAGGUGGGAAUAGUGUGGAGGAAUCUACCAGGGUGUGUGACAUUAUUGAUAGGGACAACAGGUGCUGGAAGGUUGAGGAUAUCCGAAGGUUGUUCAAUUCUGAUGACGCAGUGAAGAUCAUGAGCAUUCCUCUUUCUGUGCAGCCUGAUGAGGAUAAGAUGGUCUGGCAGUUUGAGAAAAAUGGUGAGUUUUCGGUCAAGACGGCUUACCACGCGUCGCGUGCGCACAAAGAUUCUUUGCUCCCGGGGCCUUCCUCUCCUGCUGACAAAAAGCUUUGGCCCCUUAUAUGGAAGGCUCCUAUCUCUGGCCGGCAGCGGAACUUCUUAUGGCGUGUUGCAAAGAACAUUCUACCUUCGAGAGGUAAUCUCGUUAAAAAAGGUAUGCCUAUUGACUCUAUUUGCCCCCUCUGUUCUUCCGGUUCCGAAUCUGUUCAACAUCUGCUGAUGGAAUGUGUGUUUGCAAAACAAGUCCUCUUUGCCUCUGUUUUAAGUUACCGUAUACCGUUGAAUGUGAGCGUCAAUGAUUGGCUACAGACUGUGUUGGAGUGUGGGGAUGCUGACAGCAUUCAGAUUAUUUGUGCGUGCCUCUACAAGCUUUGGGCUGCUAGGAAUUUGACGGUCUUUCAUGGCAAAACGUGUUGUCCGAUAGCAGUGGCAGCUGACGCUUUUGAGAGUGUACAAGAAUUCAACAGAUUUUGCCCUGGUAGUAACAAGAGGAGAUAUACUCCUAGCCAUCAUCACAAUUCUUCUUGGCCCACGGAUGUCCACCUGGUUCAAGUUGAUGCAGGGAUCAAUAGGGAAGGGAAGGCAGUUUUCGGUUGCGUUUUCAAAAACCAUGGCAGAGAGGUCAUCCUGGCUGCUAGCAAUGUGGAAAAUGUGGAGGUGAACCCUAGUAUGGCAGAACUGCUAGCGCUAAGAUGGUGCAUGAAAAUUGCCUUGGACCUGAAUCUGAAGAAGGCUAUCUUUUAUUCCGAUGCGUUAUCUGUCGUUGAUUGCAUUAAUGGCAUUGAUAGUAACGUGUUUCUCGAGCCUAUUGCGGCGGACUGUAGGAUGUUCUUAAGUAGGUUUUCUUUUAGUUCUGUUUUGUUCAUUCCUAGGGAGGAUAACUAUGAUGCUCAUAAUAUGGUUUUAUUAGGUAAGUUGUAUGGCUCCAGGACAUGGCUUGACUGUGUUCCGGAUGCAAAUUCUGUUGUUGCAAACUCUGUUGUUUCUGGCUUUUCUGGCCCCCUAUUUGAAUGA